AUGAAACAAUUAUGUCUAAAAAGAGACGAAAAAGAAACAGCAGAACAAGAGUUAAAAUUCCUGCAAGAACGUAUCAAUCAUUUUAAUGCACCGGAUCAAUCAUUUGAACAUUCAGCUAUAAUCGAUUCUAUUGAAAAUGUUGAAAUACGACAACAAUUACAACAACAAGAUCGAAAAAUAAUUCAACAAGCAAAAACUGAUUUUUAUAUGUUAAGUUUGCAAACAGCUGAAGAACAACGAACUAGAGCUAGUUUAAACUAUGACAAUGAAGUUAAUAAAAUGUAUUCCAUUCAUCAUAAUGCACUUGAUUUCACAAUAUUACCAUUAAAAAUGAUCGAUUUAAUUCAAGAACGUUGUCGAAUGAUAGGUAAACGUAUUCAAUCGGUUUAUAAUUAUAAGAUUGAAUGUUUUCGUUUGAAAUUACAAAAAUACUAA